UAUUCAGCACUCAGUCUCAGUCAGCAGCAUUGGGACGGCCACAGGAGUACUCUCGGUCCUUCGGUGAUUGUUUUUUGUAACGUGCAAUGUUGUAUUUAUUGUCGCGUUGCCAUUUAGUUGCAUAAAUGUGUUCCGAGUGCAGUUGAAACUAUUGUGACACUAUGCGCUGGUGAUUCUGUUUACACUGCCACGGACCUCUCAAAAGCGGCUGUCUGCCUACAGCAGCUGAAAAGACGAGGCGUACUGCGAUCAGACGGAGUGCAGCUCAUUUUCAACCGCGGAGUUCACUCACAUCCUCCAAGCAGCCAGCCGAGAGCAGCUGAAAGUCGGAUGAAAGCAAAGCGUAUCGCAAAAUACCUCGACUAACAGAAAGUGCAAGCAAGCAACGCAGAAGAGCUACGAAAACAGAGAAAGAAGAGACAAACAGCAAUACAGAGACAGUUCAGCAAGCAAUUUCACUUUCUAUUUUUUAAACUUUUAUUUUUUACGACACAGUUGCAUGAACUGUCUGCAAGUUUUUGCUUCUAUACCGGAAUUUGUUAGUGCUCUUGGUACGCAAGUAAUCGAAAGGCUUGUUUGAGGUCCUUCUAGUGUUUACCUAUAUGAAAUAUCUAUGUUCUACGUGUUUGUUUGUCCAUAUGAUGCUUUCAACAAUUGGCAAUCAUCACCGUAGUAGUUGCUGAUCUGAAAAAAAAAGUCAGAGUGAAAGGUACAGCAGCCGAGAUUGUAGUGAGAAUCACAGUUUGUGGCGAGGAAUCGAUCGGAGUUCGAAUAUUUUCAGCAAGCAAUAAUUUGCGAUUUUAAUACUUGUAAAUGAAUGAUGACGACCCAUGUCAAGAACCAGAACUGAUGCUGAAUUCGACCUGUCACUAAGAACUUUUGAACCGUACGCGAUGAUUGUUGUCCUCAGAAACCUGUUUUGAGGGUCGACUGAAGAAGAUUUUUUUUCGUCGGUAAUUCAGCUGAAUGUGUUUUGCUUGUGUCAUGUCCCAGCAGUGACGAAUUGUUGCGACGUGGAAAAAAGCAAUCGGAAGUGUUACCGGCGGGAAGCAAUUGGCACUGAACUGAGCAAUCUGUCGCAGUCAAUCCAAAUGGCGGAUAAAGAGGAGAAACGUGUAGGAUGUGCACACUAUAAGCGACGAGCGAAAUUUGUGACACCCUGCUGCAACAAGUUCUACAUGUGUCGGUACUGUCACGAUGAGAACGAGACACACUUCUUCAACCGGAAGACGGUAACUGAACUAAUAUGCACCGAGUGCAACACGAGGCAGCGGGUGCAAGCGGAGUGUGAAAAGUGCGGCGUCAGAUUCGGGCGGUACACAUGCCUAGUAUGCAAUUUAUUCGACGACGAAGAUCGUAACCAGUAUCACUGUGAUGGAUGCGGUAUCUGUCGAGUUGGUGGACGAGGACGUUUCUUUCACUGUGAGGUGUGCAAUAUGUGUCUUCCAGUGCAAUUAAAAGUGGAAGGACAUAGGUGCGUUGAAAAUGUGUCCCGGUCUAAUUGUCCAGUGUGUCUAGAUGACAUUCAUACCUCACGAAUCCCCUGCCAUAUUCCCGAUUGCGGACAUUUACUACAUCGAACUUGUUUCGAGGAACUGCUUUCUUCAGGACAUUACGCUUGCCCAACUUGUCAGACCUCCAUGAUGGACAUGAACCAGCUUUGGGAAUACUUGGAUUCAGAAGUAGCUGCAACACCAAUGCCAAAGGAAUAUGAAAACUACUUCGUAGAUAUUCUCUGUAAGGACUGUCAUCAGGAAUCAACGGUCAAAUUUCAUGUUGUUGGACUAAAGUGUAGUAAAUGUGGCGCCUACAAUACUUGCCGAACGAAAACAAAAAGUUUGGACUCCUCCGCGAAAUGUACAAACAGCAACAAGGGCACAUCUCGAGCGAUUAACGGUGAGAGUAGCGGCGCAACGUCUAGUUCUUCCUCGUCCACUGCGACAGUAUCGACUCCUACAGCAGCAGAUAUCGCUACGAGCUCGAGUAGCAGCAGUACCACGCCGGUGGCUUCGACUUCUACUGCAGGCGCGGCUAAUUCUAGCAUGGCUGUUCCCAGUACGGCUUCGGCAUCCGGUGGCAGUGGCUCGAGCUCCUCUACAAACAACUGCGUGGAACAUUCCUCGUAUAACAGCAGCAACGGCAAUCACGAAGCUUAGGAAAAGUCUCGAAUGGCAUGCUUUCUUUUUGUGUUUCACCAGAAUCCACUUGACAAAUUCUCAUAGUGACAAUGGCAUAUGCGAGGCGCAGGGAAUGAUCAUUCCACCUGCUGUUACUUUCUGUUGUUUUCUGUGUAAUUACCCUAUAUUAGAAUUUCUUGCUUGGGAAGUAACGUAACAUUGGACAAUAGCGCUCAAAAUUGCAUAUUUGGGGUCAAGGAUGCAUCACUUGGAACAGGACAUUUACCCCACCAAGAUUCGUUUUACUACGAGGGUAAUUUAAUUUGUAUUGUUUCAUUUGUGUACAUAUGAACUUAGUACAUUUUACAAAUGAUUAUAUUUUAUGUAUGUUUUAUAGGCUUUCUUGUUAUGAUAAUGACGAACAUAUUUUGAACGAUUUUUGUAAUACAGGUUUAUUUUUUAUUGCGUAAUAGGUAUUAUAAUCUUUUCGUGGCUCUAAAAUUGUACCCUUGCUUUCUAUGUUUAAAACUGUUUGACUCGUACUUCAGAAAUACUUUGUUUUUUUUUUUUUCUCGAGGUUUUCUCCCUAUUUACGACACUAUCUAAGACAGCCAGGGAAACCCAGCAUCUCAUCCCAUGUGUUCGCUACAUUCUGUUUCCAUUUUCGGUAACUUAGUUAAUUUGUAUGUGAUAACUUUUUUUUUGUAUCAGUAGUUAGUUAUAGGCAUAACCCCCGAAACCUGAGUAUGUAAAGUGAAAAUAAGAUUUAUUGAGUGUCAAUGAAAAAUAUGUUCUCGUCAGUAAUUAUACUUAACAAAUAAAACCACCCCGUAAUCGCUAAAAGAUGGAAUCUCUGGAUACAUGAUGGUAUGAGCUCUGACCACUAAAUAGAACGCAGAAAAAUUAAAUUAAUGUUAUUCGAUUUAGCCGAUACGGUAAAAAAUCUCUUAGGUGUUGAUUUUGACAGCGAAUAACAGCAUUGAAAUUCAAAAUUAUACACUACACAUAUUUUUGAAUGUUCUUCAGAACGUUUGAAACGAUGACAGCGUUAAUUGCGCGUAGUUAGGUAACCGUACUGCAUAAGUAGUUGAGCAGCUUAGUUGUGUCAAGCAAAAUUUGGGAUUGGAUCAUAGUCGGUGGGCUAACGGACAGUGCAUAAAACUGUCUUUCAUGUACAGCUCGGAAUUUUUUGAAGGUAACUCGCAAGCUUUGGACUCAGUUCAGGGCAGUUUUGUUAUUGCUUUGCGUUAGAUGACCGAAUGAUCCCAGAACUAAGCGAUCGUGUAGAUUCUUCCAAGAAUCAUAUUAAGCCUAGAGGAUUAACGAAUAAACAUGAGUAGAGAAAUUCUGUUUAGAUUACAUUCAGCUAAGACAGUGUUCAGCAUUUUUGCUCGAAUAAAGGUGUUACAUAACUAAACAGA